AUGGCAAACAGCAUGGAUCUGGUCACAGAGUACAAUGAUCAGACAUCAGAAAGAAUUUUUGCUGCCAAGAUCCCCAACCACCUCCUGCUGUUUAUCAACAAGACAGAAGAGUCACAGCUCCAGCUGCUGGAGAAUUUUCGUGGUGCAGCUGCUGAAUUCAAAGGCAAGGUCCUCUAUGUCUCCAUCGAUUCUUCCGGCCCUCACGCGGGAGUUCUAGAAUACUUUGGACUCCAGCAGAGCGAUAUCCCAACUAUCCGAUUCAUCAACAUCGACCAGGUGAAGAAAUACGCCUUCAAGGACAAAAUAACAACAGAGGCCGUGAGGGAAUUCUGCCGUGGGGUCCUGGAUGGGAAAAUCAAGCAAAAUCUGCUGAGCCAGGAGCUGCCGGAAGAUUGGGACAAGAAACCCGUCAAGGUCCUUGUGGGCACCAACUUUGAAGACGUCGCCUACGACGAGACCAAGAACGUGUUUGUAGAAUUCUAUGCUCCUUGGUGCACUCACUGUAAGGAGUUGGAACCAAUCUGGGAGGAACUGGGAGAGAAGUACAAAGAUCACCCAGAUGUCAUCAUUGCUAAAAUGGAUGGCACAGCCAAUGAAAUCGAUGGGAUGAGGGUGAGAGGAUAUCCCAACCUGAGGUUUUUCCCUGCUGGACCAGGACGUAAGAUGAUUGAGUACACUAAAAACAGAACAGUGGAAUUAUUUUCCAAAUUUCUCGAUAGCGGUGGAGUGCUACCCGUGGAUGAAGAGGAACAGGUUAGUACUUCUCUCCUCAUCGGUAGAGAUGAUUUAGAUAACCCAGGACACUGUUCAUGCACGAGUCGGACUUUCUCUGAUAAAACCAAGGAAGGGCUUAUGAAGCACCAGAGGUUGGGGUGA